UCUUAUUCCGCUGUAGCACGUCGUCUAAGUUGCUAGUGGCUGAUAAGUCAGUUGCAUGUCAUCGAGCAAGAAGAUCCCAAGCAAACGAAAAGCUACUAGUUCAUCAUUUACAGAUGAAGAUUUUCGGCAAUUGGCUCGGUUUCUUGGCCGUUGCGACUGGUGCCGCGCAUCUCAUCUUUGCCAUCGAUUCGAAUUCAAUCGACAUGGAUAAAUCAAAGUCUGGCAAGGAUACAACAACCAAGAAUCCCGAGAAAGGAAGAGCGUCCUACCUGUGGGAGAAGAGAGUAAGCCCACCGUAUCUUUACAAUCAACAGUAUCAUCAGUACAAGUCGAUUGUAACACCAGUGCAACAGUCGAACACGUAUCCAGGUGUAGAUUAUUUGAAAACGAAUUUCCAGCCUACGGUUAGCUCUCGAAUAGCCAGUGUAGCAGGAACAGAUCAACAACUAGAGAGACAUGGUCAUCCUAAGAAGACUUAUGGAUACAGCGGAGGCGCGAGUGCAGGCCAUUACUACGCGGCACAACCUUUACCUUAUUACCCGGCGACGAAAGAACAUAGCUUUGGCUUUGGCAGUUUUGGAUUCUUCAAACCCUUAAUAUUAAUUUUGAUUUUGCCCUUCUUCUUGCUCUUUUUCUUCACGACUGUCGUCUACGUGGCGCAGGCAGUCGCGGCUUCAUCAUCGUCCACUACGGCAGCACUCAGCCAACAACAACAGCAGCAACAGGAUAGCAACAACAAUAAUAACAACGCUAACAACAAUAACGAUAACAACAACAACGCUAUCAUUUUAUCUUCUGGUACGGGCACGUUCGUCAUUACAAUCAACGCCACUGGAAGGGCCAAUGAAGACGAACGAUUGAGCGUAUUUACAAAUCCCGCUUCCUUAUUCAAUUGGCAUAAUUCAUUUCGUGCAUUACCGCCGAUGUUGUUGAAUGAAACGUUGUUAUUAGCGUAACGUAAUCGUAUGAAUAGGACGUUGUGAAAUAAUGGCGAUGUUUGUUAGUGACAAAAGUCCAUUUAUGUGUACAUUCUAUUUUCUAAUCGCGGUACUUGUAUUUAUUUUAUGUGGGAAUUGAUAAAGGUGUAUGAAGGGUAUCGCCGUCACUGGAUUAUUGGCCAGCACAAUACAAUUCUUGUUAUUAGGCAA